GGCGGGAGGAGGAGGGAGGCGGCGCCGGGCCGAGCCCAGCCGGGCUGACGGGCUGCGGCCGCCAUGAGCAGAUCGCAGCUGACGCGGACCGGGAUCUUGCGGAUGGCGCUGGGCGGUGCUGCCGACCCUCUGCUGCCGGCGGAGGGCGCCGGGGGCCGGCGGGUGCCCUUCGUGCUGCGGGCCCUGCGCAUCGCCCUGGUGGUCAGCCUCUACUGGUUCGUGUCCAUCACCAUGGUGUUCCUCAACAAGUACCUGCUGGACAGCCCCUCGCUGCGCCUCGACGCCCCGCUCUUCGUCACCUUCUUCCAGUGCGCCGUGACGGCCGCCCUGUGCCUCGGCCUCAGCCUGGGGGCUGCCUGCGGGCCCUGCACCGCGCUGCCCAACCUGCGCCUCGACCCCAAGGUGUCCCGCAGCGUCCUGCCCCUCUCCGUCGUCUUCAUCGGCAUGGUCACCUCCAACAACCUCUGCCUCAAGCACGUCGGCGUGGCCUUCUACAACGUGGGGCGCUCGCUCACCACCGUCUUCAAUGUGCUGCUCUCCUAUCUGCUCCUCAAGCAGACCACCUCCCUCUACGCGCUCCUGGCCUGCGGCAUCAUCAUAGGUGGCUUCUGGCUGGGUGUUGACCAGGAAGGAGCAGAGGGCACUCUGUCAUGGACAGGUAUCAUCUUUGGGAUCUUAGCAAGCCUGUGUGUCUCACUCAACGCCAUCUACACCAAGAAAGUGCUGCCUGUGGUGGAUGGUAGCAUCUGGCACCUGACCUUCUACAACAACGUGAAUGCUUGUGUCCUGUUCCUCCCACUCAUGAUGAUCACGGGCGAGUUCCACACCCUCUACCACUUUGACAAGCUGGGAAACCCCAGCUUUUGGGGUAUGAUGACCCUGGGGGGAGUGUUUGGCUUUGCCAUUGGGUAUGUGACUGGACUGCAGAUCAAGUUUACCAGCCCACUCACCCACAAUGUCUCUGGGACAGCCAAGGCCUGUGCCCAAACAGUUCUGGCUGUUGUCUACUUUGAAGAGACCAAGAGCUUAUUGUGGUGGACCAGUAACUUGAUGGUUCUGGGGGGUUCCUUUGCCUACACGUGGGUAAAAGGGUUGGAGAUGAGAAAAGCACAAGAGGAUCCUAAUCUCAAAAGCAGUGAAAAAAAUGAGACUGGUGUGUAGGAAGGUCCAGCCUGCACCUCUGUUUCUGCACCUGGGGAGUUAACUUUCAGUACUCCUUCCUGGGGAGAAGAGCAAGGAGCAGGAAAAGUAUUCACCUGCAGCAAAUGGGGAGCUGUGUCAGGAACCAGAGCCAAAGAACGAACUGACUUAUGUUUUAUCCAUGGAUCUCCCCAUCUCAGAGGCAGGGUGAGAGCAUGUGUUCCGGAGAAUUAGCAGACUGGGUUUUUUUUGUGGUCAUUUUGUAAAAUGGACAUUGCUAUUGACCUAGUCUGACUAAUUUCUGUCAUUGGCUGGGGAGGGGUGGGAGGUGAGGGGGCAUGGGCAAAGAAUGGGGUGGGAGCUCUGUAUAGUUAGGAGUCUAGAAUGAAGUGAGGGUCUGAAGUUACAAAAUCCUGGAGCUCUGUGUGUGGGAGGAUCAGGUGGCCGAGCUGUUGGGGAUGGUUGCCUGUAAACUUCUGCUGCACAAAAAGGGGAAAAGAAGAAAAAGAAAGGAAAAAGCAAGCAAACAAACAAACAAAAAAAAAAAAGUAGAUGGCAAUAGCAGUUGUUCCUAUUGCCUAGUUCAGUGCCAAGGACUGGAGAUUCCCUCCCUUCUGGUUCUCUACAAGCCGAAGACACAGCGGUGCCUCUCGAUCCCCUUUCCCAGAGUCAAUGUCUUGUCCUGCAGAGAUCUAUACUGCCUGUUUCUCAUAUCUGGUUUCUUACUUGGGGAAUUAUGUUCAGAAGCAGGGAUAAAACUUCUCAUUCCCUUUUCCUGAGAGGGAGAGCAUGCUCUCUGAAGUGACCGGCCUUACAUCAGCCCUCUGAAACACAAUGGUAGCACGGUGAGUUACCUGUGCUACUCUUGCAGAGGAGCAAGGUUGGCAUCUGCCUUUCUCAGUGAUGAGAUGGAGAGUUGUUUUCCAUUGUGCUUCCUUCAGAAGGAUGUGUGCUGCGCCAUCUUUGGUGUCUGCGGUUCGGUUUAUCCCCUUAUCCCCUCCGUUCCGGCGAACCCUUCGCUAAAAAUAACACCUUCGGAAUGUCGCAUUUUGUAAUCCCUAAAUCCAGCCCAAUAAAACCCGAGUCGCUCUG